UCACGUGAUUCAGGGUCAAACUAACAGUAACCAACAUGGCGGACCUGACAUCUACAGUUUCGGACUCAGUCCAAUGUCCUGUUUGCUUUAAAGACUUCACACCUGAGACAAUAAACGGACACCUGGACGCGUGUCUGCUGAGCGGCGCUGCUGACAGCAGUCCGUCCAACGCUGCGGAGAGCGGCCCUCCCGUGAAGAAACCGCGCAUUUCCGAGCCUGUCAACGACUCCGUGUCCUCCUCUUCCUCCAUGGCUGGCACGCAGUCUUCUUCGGCGCUGUUCGCUGUGUUUCAAAACAAGGGGAAACUUGACGUUGGCCCUGACAGAAGUGUUGUGCAUAACAGUAAACGAAGUCCCGUCAGUACUCUCAGUAAGGGGACUAAACGUGUACUGGCGGAGGCUGGGUCGGGAUCAGCAGCGAUGGAGACUCCAUCUGGGUCAAACGGCGAGACUGAAAUGACCAGUAAUCGCCUAUCGGCGCGGACCCUGUUUUCAUUAAACAAACCUCUGGCGGAGGUUCUGAGACCGAACACGCUGGAGGAUUACUUUGGCCAGAACAAAGUUGUAGGCCAGAAAACUCUCAUCCGGUCGCUUCUGGAAUCUCAGGAGAUCCCUUCUCUUAUCCUCUGGGGUCCACCUGGAUGUGGAAAGACUACCCUCGCCCACAUCAUUGCCAGCACGAGUAAAAAGAAAGGAUCGGCUCGUUUCGUCACACUGUCGGCCACCAGUGCGUCCACCAACGAAGUCCGAGAGGUGAUCAAGCAGGCGCAGAAUGAGCUCAGGCUGUGCAAGAGGAAGACAAUCCUGUUUAUUGAUGAAAUUCACCGCUUCAACAAAUCUCAACAGGACACCUUCUUGCCCCAUGUUGAGUGUGGUACCGUCACUCUGAUUGGAGCAACCACUGAGAACCCAUCCUUCCAGGUGAAUGCUGCUUUGCUGAGCAGGUGCCGGGUGCUGGUACUGGAGAAGCUGUCAGUCGAGGCAAUGGGCUCGAUUUUGAACAGGGCUGUAGCAGCACUCGGGAUCCGAGUUUGGGGACAAGGUCCAACAAAUUCCUCCUACCGAGACCAGACCAAUGGCAAUGAACCAAAUAUUUACAUCGAACAGAAAGCUUUGGACACCAUCUCCUACCUCUGUGAUGGUGACGCAAGAACCGGACUCAAUGGUCUCCAGCUGGCUGUUCAAGCUCAGAUGAAAUCCCCACCACUGAACCAGUCAACACAAGAUGGAUUUCCUCAAGAGAUCUUGGUGACGGAGGAGAACAUCAAGGAGGGUCUCCAGAGGUCCCAUAUCCUCUACGAUAAAGCUGGUGAGGAGCAUUACAACUGUAUCUCAGCGUUGCAUAAGUCCAUGAGAGGCUCCCAUGAGAAUGCCUCCCUUUACUGGCUGGGCCGCAUGCUGGAGGGCGGUGAGGACCCGCUCUACGUGGCCCGCAGGCUGGUCCGCUUCGCCAGUGAGGACGUAGGUCUGGCCGACCCCUCCGCCCUCCCUCAGGCUGUGUCCGCCUUCCAAGCCUGUCACUUCAUCGGGAUGCCUGAAUGUGAGGUAAUCCUGGCACAGUGUGCCAUCUACCUUUCACGAGCGCCGAAGUCUGUGGAGAUCUAUCAAGCCUAUGCCAAUGUGAAAACCUGUCUAAGAAACCACAAAGGCCCCCUUCCUCCUGUCCCCUUGCACCUCCGAAAUGCACCCACCAGGCUGAUGAAACAGCUGGGCUAUGCUAAAGGCUACAAAUACAACCCAGCGUUUAAGGGCCCCGUGGAACAGGAUUACCUGCCCGAGGAGCUGCGGGACGUUGACUUCUUCACCUGGACACCGUCAGACCCUUGAGUGUUUCAUUUGCUCUGCACGUUUUGGAGCUAAAAACCAAAUCUACUUAAAGAAAACAGGCUUUUGUACUCAAAGAGCGUAUUUGCGGCUACUAAUUUUAAUAGUCUGAUUAUUUAAAAGAAAUGUUAAUCAGUCAGACAGAAUAUUCUUGAAUUAACCCACAGUUUCUUAUAAUUACUCCACUUCUUUACACUCAAGAGCUACUUUUAUUUCACUUUAAUUACCGCUCUUAAAGGGUUUGCAAAUUUACCCUCCAUGUUUUCUUUUCUAGUUUUUCACCGUUAUUUGAAAUAAUACAAAUGUUAAUACUGUUAUUUAUUAGAUAUUGUAUAUCUUUAAUAAAAUGUCUGAUCUUUCAAUGACAAA